UAAAACAAUGAAAAGGACUACGUGGUGUUUUAAUUCUCUUUUAUUAUCAUUACAAAUUUCACAAUUUCCAUACGGAGUGACUACCGGAAAGUCUGAUUUACGUGGUUGUCCUUGAAGGCAGCACCGAACCUCCUGUCAAGGAGAAUGGGCGGAGCUUCACCUCCUGAUUCUCCCAUACGUUACAAUGUUAAUGAUGCGGUAAGGUAAAUGUGACAGCGGUCAGCAACCAAAGUGAUCGUGAUGGGACUGGAUUGAAGCCCCUCCCUCCAGCGAGCUCUCCAGCCUGAGCCUCCUGUGUUUCUGCCAGCAGCGAGAGCAGCAGCUUUCUCUCACUCUCUACUGGAUUCUCUCUCAGAGCUCUGCCCUCUUUUGACAGCGUGACCUUUCACAGAGGCAACAGGGGUUGCCAUCGACUUUCUCUGCCUCCAUCCCUCCCCACGUCCAGGGCAAUCAUGGGGGACGUCGUCCUGAUGCACUUCACCACGGUGGACUACGUCAUCUUCGCCUUGCUGUUGGUGGCCUCGGCUGGCAUCGGCCUCUUUUAUGCCUUAUCUGGCGGUCGCCAACGCACAACUCAGGAAUUCCUGAUGGCCGACCGCUCCAUGAGCUGUCUGCCUGUGUCUUUGUCUCUGUUGGCUACAUUUCAAUCAGCCGUGGCCAUCCUUGGCGCCCCAUCUGAGGUGUACACUUACGGAACACAGUACUGGUUCCUAGGCUGCUCCUACUUCUUGGGCCUCCUCAUCCCGGCUCAUGUGUUCAUACCGGUCUUCUACAGACUGAGGCUUUCCAGUGCCUAUGAGUAUCUGGAGCUGCGCUUUAACAAGACGGUUCGCAUAUGUGGGACUGUGACCUUCAUCUUUCAGAUGGUUAUUUAUAUGGGGGUCGUCCUGUACGCUCCAGCUCUGGCGCUAAAUGCAGUGACGGGCUUCGACCUGUGGGGGGCAGUGCUCGCCAUGGGAUUAGUUUGCACUUUAUAUACGGCUCUGGGUGGACUGAAGGCUGUGAUCUGGACCGACGUUUUCCAAACCGUAGUGAUGUUCGCAGGCCAGCUGGCAGUUAUUGUGGUCGGAACAAGUCAGGCCGGGGGAAUAGAGCAGGUCUGGAAGAAAGCAAUAAAUGGCAGUCGCAUCGCCGGCCUAGACCUGAACCCGGACCCUCUGGAGCGUCACACCUUCUGGACUCUGGCUGUGGGAGGAGUCUUUCUGAUGCUGGCGUUGUAUGGGGUGAACCAGGCCCAGGUCCAGAGAUACUUGAGUUCACGAUCUGAAAAGGAAGCCGUCAUGUCCUGCUACGUUGUUUUUCCGUGCCAGCAGAUCGUGCUGAGUUUGGGAUGUUUGAUGGGUCUCGUCAUGUUCGCUCGCUACGGGGAGGACAGUCCUCUGGACAAGGGCUACGUCAAAACAAAUGACCAGAUGGUGCUGUACUUUGUGAUGGAUGUGUUCAGGGACCUUCCAGGGCUCCCGGGCCUGUUUGUAGCCUGUCUCUUCAGUGGAGCACUUAGUACCAUCUCAUCGGCCUUCAACUCCCUAGCAACCGUAACCAUGGAGGACCUGAUUAAACCCCAGUUUCCAAACAUGACCGAAGCGAAAGCCACCCUGCUGUCCAAAGGACUUGCUUUAUCCUACGGCCUGGUGUGUCUGGCUAUGGCCUACAUCGCCUCAAUAAUGGGAUCUGUGCUACAGGCAGCCUUCAGUAUCUUCGGCAUGGUGGGGGGCCCCCUGCUGGGCCUCUUCUGUUUAGGAAUGUUCUUCCCCUGGGCCAACUCAAUUGGUGCUGUGGUCGGACUGGUAGCAGGCCUGGCAAUGGCCUUCUGGAUCGGCAUCGGCAGCUUCGUGAUGCGUUUAUCGGCCGGAACCACGGUGCCUCCUUUCAACGCAACUGCUCUGCCCCCGUUUGACAACGUAACCAGCACCGUUAUGACCGUCCUGGCCGCCACCACCGCCAAACCGAGACCGACAGGUGUGGAGGCAAUUUACUCACUGUCCUACAUGUGGUACAGUGCUCACAAUUCAGCCACUGUGGUGGUGGUGGGCCUGAUAGUGAGCUUUCUGACAGGACCAAUGAAGGAGAAGGAUUUGAAGCCCGGCACGGUGUUCCCAGUUCUGGGCACGCUGCUUUUCUUCCUGCCUGAGCGCUACAGAGAGAAGCUCUGCUGUGUCACCCCUCUGGCUCAAAAGCCAACGGAAAUCAAGCCACAGUCGUACCACAAGGCCAAGAAAGUCAACGAAGCGUCUUCCCUAAAAGACGACACCGAGAGCAACAGAGAACAGACGGACGAAGAAGAAGCUUCCUACCAGCUGGCAACUCACGCAGUCCAGGAAACGUCUUUAUGAUCCUUUUUUUUAAAACCACUUAGAUCAGUAUUUCCCAAACUUGUUUUCCGGCGACCCAUAUUUUAAAAGUCCCAAACCUUCGUGAACCAAGCUGAUAGACAUUAUUCGUAAACUCCUGGGAAACAUGAUGCGAAACGACCCCAAAAAAAAAAAUCUCUUGUGACCCACCUGAGGGUCGCGACCCAGGGAAAUAAUGACUUAGAUACUAGGGAUGGCUCCAUACAACUCUGUCAACUGUUAUGCACCGAUACCGAUACUUCAACUUGGAGUAUCUGCUAAUACCGAUGUAAAUCCGACACCUUUUUUGCUCCUUCUGCGGGCCGCGGCGCUGCCAUUGCUGAGGUCCCUGUUUACAGCGUGUCGCGCAAAGAUAAGUUAAGCCGCCGGGCUUAGUUAUCAGAUCGGACGCGCAAUUUCAAUGUUCGAUAGUUUAAUUUUGACCAAUAUUGGAGCGAUGCUAAUCCUGAGUAUCGUAUUGAGCCAUCCGUUAGCUAUGACGCACGUCCACACACCCUAGUGUCAUUGGUUGCUUUCAUUUUUUUGACAGUACUUCAAACACAGAUCAUCUUAAAAUCAAAAUAAUUAUACACUUUUUUUUCUUUUUUUUUAUUAAUAUACCUUACAGAGACUAAAAUACGUGCGAAAUGGUGAUAAUCACUUAAUUUGCUUUCUGACAAAUUACACAUAACUGGAAAGAGUCGACAAAACUGAAACGGUUAGCUGAAUCUCGUCAGGCGUGCGACACAGUCUAAAGUUAGAGACCAGUCGGCUGCGAUGUGCAGUAGCUGUAGCUGUACCACUGUGAUCGGAUCCUCACAUUCUAAUAAUCAGGUAGCUAUGAGAUGUACAGUAAAAACGUGUUAUUUUUGUAGAGAAAAGGUAGCCAUGACAUUUGAAAAAAAAAAAAAAUAUAUAUAUAUUAGAAAUGAAGAUAUUGUGAAGAAUAAGUAUAAAAAAUUUGAGUUAUA